UAUCUUACGAAAAAUAACAAUGGGACUAAUUUCAAGCUAUUCAAACACUAAAGUUUUUUCGGUUGCAGUAACCAUUUCAUUUCUGAUAGCAGCAGCCUCUGCAGGAAGUUUUUACGAAGACAUGGACAUCACUUUUGGCGGUGAACGUGCUAAAAUUCAAAAUGGCGGUCAGGAUCUCUCGCUUUCACUCGACCAAUACUCUGGCUCCGGUUUCCAGUCCAAGCACGAGUAUCUUUUUGGAAGGUUUGAUAUGCAGCUCAAACUAGUUCCUGGCAACUCGGCCGGUACUGUCACCACAUUCUACUUAUCGUCACAAGGGGCAGGACAUGAUGAAAUUGACUUUGAGUUCUUGGGCAACUCAACAGGAAAUCCUUACACAAUCCACACGAACGUGUACUCACAAGGAAAAGGAAAUAAAGAACAACAGUUCCACCUAUGGUUUGACCCGACUGCAGCCUUCCACACGUAUACCAUCGUAUGGAACUCUCAAAGAAUCAUUUUCUUGAUAGAUAACAUACCAGUAAGAGUGUUCAAUAACCAUGAAGCUGCUGGAGUCCCAUUUCCCACAAAGCAGCCCAUGAGAGUGUACGCCAGCCUGUGGAACGCGGAUGACUGGGCAACCCAAGGUGGACGUGUGAAGACUGACUGGACAAAAGCACCUUUCACCGCUUCUUACAGAAAAUUUAAUGCCAAUGCCAACAGAGUUGGACCCAAUUCAAAGUCCACAAGCUCUGAAAAUGACAACCAGGCAUGGAAAACACAAGAAAUUGAUGCAGCGGGCCGAAACAGGAUUCGUUGGGUCCAGAGUAAGCACAUGAUCUAUGACUACUGCAAGGACCACAAACGGUUUCCCAGUGGUCUUCCUACCGAAUGCAAGCGCUCAAGAUUCCUCUAAGCCUAAUAGAGACCUUAAUUGGCAUAUCUUCUAAAUAUUAUAUUGUGAAUGAUUACUGAUCCUGAAAAUUCUUUAUUCUUUAAUUCAUUGUAUUAUGCACAAAUUGACAUUAUGAAUAAAUAACCAUUCUUUUUUAUGUAA